AUGGCCACCCUCUUGGAAGGCGUGAGUGCUGACCUCGCGGCUUUGGCUGCGGAGGCAAGAAAGAAGAGUCCAGCUCUGAAAAUGAAAGCGGAAGGUGCCAUGAUUCGCAUUCGCAAUGCUUCCGUGGCAAAGGCAGACAACGUACCCGAAGCUAUUGCUGCUGCUCGCGAUGUUCUCCAAACGUUCAUCGUUGGCUGUGAGGAAAUCAAGGUGCCCAAGGCCGUUGCCAUCAGCGUUGCAGGCAUCCAUCGCCUCAUUCAACACAACGCCGUGCACGUGGAGUCUUUCCCGAUUGUGUUGGACUCUUUGGAGAAGUUGAGAGACGCAGGCCUGGAAGAAAUCAAGGUACUGCAAUGCGUGCUGAGCCUGGUCACCACAACCCCGCAGCUGGUGGACAAGGCCCUUGCACGUGCGUGCGUGCUGUGCUUUUCACUCCACUUUUCCCGCGACAGCACCACAGCGGCAAUUGCCGCCGCCACCUUGCGCCAGAUCACGACAGCCGUGUUUGACCGCGUCGUUAUUGAGGAUCAGAUGCGAGAAACGCACGGCGAGUCAUCAACGCUGCAUGCCAGUGACGGUUUCAUGCUCUUCCAAGACUUUUGCCUUCUCACGAAUGGCGAUGCCCCAAUAUGGCUGCAAGGACUGUCUGACAUGACGCGGACGCUCGGGCUGGAGCUGAUGGAGAGCGCCCUCAUCUCCCAUCCAGCCGUGUUUUGCAAGCACGAUCCGUAUGCCAGCCUCAUUAAGCAGCGGGUGUGCUCCCUCGUCAUCAAGCUCUCUUCACCCACCAUCUCUGCGCCGAUGACACGUGCGACCGCACCGCUGUUCCCUGUCGCCAUCCGCCUCUUGCGUCUCAUCCACACCCUCAUCUCCGCCUACCACGACCUGCUUGGUCCGGAGAGCGAGAUCUUCCUCAGCAUGUUGUGCAAGUUUCUGCAGCCCGACAAGCUCCUGUGGCACCGCGUCGUUAGCCUGGAGGUGGUUCACGAGAUCUUCAAGUCGCCGCCGGUGCUCAUGGCGUUUUUCGAAUCUCCUGAAAUGCAUGCGCAGUCUGUGGAUGUCUUCAGUGAGCUGGCGUCGCAAAUCAACAACUUCAUAGCAGAAUGUCGUGACGGCCACGAGAGCGCAGCGCAGCACCUGCCCGUCACCGCUCCGCCACUACACCUCUCCCUCAUGGACAAAUCAGAGGCCCCGCAGAUUUCGCACGGGUACAUAUUGGCACUCUGCUUCUCGUCCCUCAUCGCUCUCACGAAAUCGCUCUCAUCUCUCGUUCAACCGCAUGGGCGGCGUGACGGCGGCCGUGGGUCGACGUCGUCAGCGCAGGAUGUCAAUAGUCGUCAACGGGCGAAAAUGCUGUUUGACUGUGUGUGGAAUCCCGUUUUGUCCGGGUUUUCCAUGCUUCUUGUCUGCCUCUCCAACGAAACCAUGGUGGAAAAGGUGUUGAGAGCGGUUCAAAGCGCGAUUCGCAUCUGCUGCACUCUCAACCUCAAACACCAGCGAGAUGCGUUUCUGACGGCGUUGUGUACCGCGUCGCUGCCAGCCAAUUAUUCCUGGUCAACAGACCCGCCCCCACAAGGAUGGCAGGUGUCGAACAAGAACCUGCACGCGGUGCACAUUCUGCUCAAUUCUGCGCUGUGCAUGGGCAACAUGAUGGAGUCUUCAUGGGACCUGAUUGUCUCCACCAUCCAACAGAUUGUUGCGAUAUUGGACCUUGACGGCGGGGAGCAGCCGCCGCGCUCGGGCCACAUCCGAAAACCAUCGCUCACGUCUGCAACGACACGCAAAGGGCACAGGUGCGUGUGUGCGCGAGAAUGUGCACAUAUGCGGACGGGGAGCGAAACAGUCGUGGCCAUCAGUGGAUCAACGGCGUCUGAACUGCCGGCGCUGAGUGCAAUGCUGGCACAGCUGUUUCAAAUCACACACACGAUGAGCGACGAGGCGUUGGGAUAUCUCAUGGCGGCGCUCUGGCACCAGUCAGAGGCAACGCUGGAGCAGGUGUCACUUGCUGGUGUGAAUCACGUCGUGUUCCGUCACGAUGCGUUCCUGUUCCCUGUGUCGAAGCUGUUGGAGGUCGGGCUUGCCAACCUGGACCGCAUCAUGGUCUUCUGGCCAAUGGUCACCGCACACCUGAUCGAGGUGUCGUGCCACAGCCAUCCCGGCCUUCGCCAGCAGGGCGUGACGGCGCUCACCCGCCUCAUUCACGCCGCCCUCUCGCAUCCGCGCCAGCCGCCAAUCCAGGACAACCCAGGCCUGCAGCAGGCCAUUUUGUCGCCACUACGAAAUCUUGCAUCAUGCCCCCAUCUGCAAACGCGGCGCCAGCAGCUGGAAUGCGUCAUGCAGGUUCUUGACUCCUCUGGCCCGUCGCUUGCGCAUGCGUGGCCGGUGGUGAUUGGGAUCAUCUCAGACACCGUUGCCGGGAACACGCGCGUGACAGAUGCAAGCAUCAUAGCGCUUGCGUUUGAAAACCUGCAGCUCAUUGUGCAGGAUUUUCUGCCCUCUCUUCCCGUCCGCUGCAUGCUGAUGCUGUUGCGGACAAUCGGACACUUUUGCCGGCAGCAGGUGGCUGUCAACGUCGCCCUCACCGCUGUUGGGCUGCUGUGGAAUGUGGCAGACCACGUGUCGCACAACCGCGUUGUGCUGCAGGAGCACAUCGAGCUGCGAUUGAAGGAGGACAGCGUGUCCAGCGAGGCGGACCUGGCUGGACACCCUGUCCACCACCGCCGGGAAGUGGACGCCGAUGGGCUCCCGCGCCACGUGACCAUCGGCGGUAUCUGGCGCCUCAUCUACGAGCAGCUGGCCGCGCUGUGUCUGGAUGAGCGCGUGGAUGUGCGGCGAAGCGCCAGCCAGACGCUGUAUCCGACGCUGAAGACACACGCGCACCUCUUGCCGCCGGCAGAGCUGAAGAGCGUGAUUGACGACGUAAUUUUGCACACGCUGCGCUGCGUGGUGCAAGACCGCGUCCUGUGUGAGCCAGACACGACGACCAAGGACGAUGAUCAAAACAACCAACACAGCAACACCACCGUCGCCCGAGCUAAGACGGCAUCCGACAGCCCGCUGGCCAGUGGUGUGUUGGUGCAGCACCACUCGACGACAGACAAGAAGCUGUGGGCAGAGACGAAGAGUCUUGCCGUGUCCGGCUCUGCACAUGUGUUUGUGAGCGCACUUGAGCAGUUGUUGCAGUGCGACGGGUUUACGCGGUCGUGGUCGAUGCUGCUGUCGCUUGUGCAGUCGCUGCUUGAGGACGAGACGGAUGCCGUGGCGCUGGCAUCGGCCAAUGCCCUCACCAACCUGAUUCGCGCGGUGGAAGGCGGGCACGAGGGCGGUGGUGCCAGUACACAUGCCGCAACAAUGCAGCAGGCACUGCGGGAUGCGUUUGCAGCGUGGACGUCGGCGUGUAUGCGCUUACCGGAUCGACAGCCGCCGCACCGCACCCGCACGCUAGUGGCUGUUGUGGGCUGCAUGCGACCAAGCCUCGGUCACCUCCGCAGCGUGUUGUCGACAGAGGAGGUGGCGCGGGCGACCGAGUGCUUGUUUGUUGUCGUCUGCCAGCAGGCGUCCGAUGCGCUGUAUUUGACGCGAGCAAACGAGGUGCAGGAGGAAGUGUUGGCGACGCUGCUGCUGCUUGUGCCGAGUGCCGACUACCCGCACCCUGACGCGCACCACGUGCCGCUGGUGCUGCUGCAGCUUGUCCGCUACACGGCGCUGGUCAACUCGCCGCCCUGGCUCCUGCGUGGGCGCAACUGUUAUGUCGGGUUUGCCGUCGACUGCAUUGGCGCAUUUGUCACGCAGUUUUGCAGCUACUCCGAGGAGGCGGCUGUGAUUCGUUCGGGAGCUGCGCGCGCGUUCUUGGCCGCGCUCACGCCCAUCGUGGACGCGCGCUAUGCGGGGCCAAGCGUUGCGCUGUGGGAGGUCGCCAUGGAUGCUGUUGUUGCCAUCAUCGACUAUGGCCUGCGCGGGUUGGCUGCCUCGGCACAGCACACCGAUGCAGCCAUUCAGAAGGUUACUGAGGAGCUGUGGGAGCAAGUGAUUGUUGUGAUUGAAGCGGCGUUGUUUCCGUCACACCCGGCUGCUCUCACCAAACCGGAGGGUGUGGAUGUGUCCAAGAUUGCGGACCACGAGCAGCUUGACAUCGACCUCGUCAAGCUGGUGUGUGAGGCGAUUCUGCCGCACACGUCCGCUGCGUCCACCCGGGGAUCGUCACGGGCCGGCGUUGAUGUUGUUGUGCCGGCGCCUGUGCUUGCCAAGGUGACAGACAUCCUUCGCCGCGGAUCAGUGAACAUGCUCAAGCGCAUGGGCAGCCGCGGUGUUGACAGCGGCGGUAAUGGCGAUCAUGGCGAUGGUCACGAUGGUCGCGCUGGUGCUGAGCAGGCGAGUGGAGAUGGCGGCGGCGUGAAGGCAGAGGAACAGAAGCGCUACGACACGUCGUCGCACUACUCGUUGUCACAGCGGGCGGGUGCGCAUGGCGUGCUGCGUCGUGCGUUUGCAAAGGCGUGCUUCCAGGCGCUCGUGGACUGCAGUGCAACGACUUCAACAGCAGCAACGACAGCAGGGACCGUUACGGCGACCAGCGGUGCCAGGGAUAACCACAGCGACCCCGAGAGCACCAGCGGUGUGAGCGGUGGGGAAGCGGUUGGAACCACAACGGCGCCCGUAUCGUCGCCAGCGGCAACGUCAGCGUGGGAUGGGGUUGGCGUGCGGGAGAUGGCAGAGGAGUGCGCGCGCGUGCUUGAGAAGCACAUGCCCGUGCUGACAAGCUAUGAGCUGACAGACCAGGAUGCGGAUGAGGUGCUGUUUGUGGUGAGCGCGUGUGCGUCGCUGGUGACGCCGCGCCACCGUGCGCUGGCCAGGACGCUCUUCCCGCUGCUGGUGGAGGCGUGCGCCUGCUCGCGCCCAGACGUGGCACGUGCUGUGCGGGGCGUCCUUUCCUUGUACCAGGCCUUGCUCUAA